AAAUUUACCAAAGCUUGUAUUCACACGUCAAUUAUAAUCGUAGGUUCUUCCAACAAGGAAAUGUGAAAUGUUCCGAAAAGCCAAGAAAGCAUGUACAAGGAGAGUUUUCUCUGGAAUUCAACCAACAGGAAUCCCUCAUAUUGGUAAUUAUGUUGGUGCUAUCAAAAAUUGGUUACAGUUACAAAAGAAAUAUGACAGUAUGAUUUUAAGUGUAGUUGAUUUACAUUCUAUCACUCUACCUCAAAAUCCAGAAACAUUAAGGGAGAAUAUCUAUGAUAUGACAGCAUGUUUAUUAGCUUGUGGUAUAGAUUCUGAUAAAUGUAUCUUGUUUCAACAAUCAACAGUACCACAACACACUCAGUUAGCCUGGAUAUUAGGUUGUAUUUGUACCUUACCUAGGUUAGAACAUCUAGCACAAUGGAAAGAAAAAUCUGAGAAAAAUAAAGAUGUUGGUACAGGUCUGCUUACAUACCCUAUAUUACAGUCAGCUGAUAUAUUGCUGUAUAAAGCAACUGAUGUUCCAGUUGGAAAAGAUCAGAUACAGCACAUAGAACUAUCUAGAGAUUUAGCCAAAUCAUUCAAUACUAAAUUUGGAGUUCUUUUUCCCAAACCUCAAGAACUAUUGGGUCCAUUACCGAAAAUUAAGAGUUUGAAAAAUCCGAAAAAUAAAAUGAGCAAAUCAGAAAUUAAUCCAAUGGGUCGUAUUGACCUUACAGAUGAGCCUGACCAGAUCAGAGAAAAAAUCAAAAAGGCAGUGACUGAUUCUACAUCAGAAAUAACGUACGAUCCUGAAAAUAGACCUGGGGUGGCAAAUCUCAUUGAAAUACACGAGGCUUUGACCGGUGAUUUUGCAGAAGACAUUUGUGAAACCGCCAUGUUGGAAUCUAUGGACACCCAUAAAUACAAACUGUUGCUAACUGACAUUGUAAUAGAGAAAUUGAAGCCAAUUCGUGAAGAAUUCUUCCGUUUACAGAAGGACAGACACCAUCUUGACACUGUUCUUGAAAAAGGGCGAUUAAAUGCCAGUGAAAUUGCUGAAGUGACUUACAAAGAAGUGACAAAACUUGUUGGAUUUAGAUGAUGAGUGUGUGAUAAAUAUAGCUUUUUGUAUCAUUAGUUAUUUUCAGACCUUUGAUUCCCCUCCCCCCUUUUCAUAAAUGCAUAUCUUCACAAGUGUCAAGAUAUUACGAACUUUUAUCUUAUACCUUGACUAUAAUAGUCACUAUUCUUGUAUCUCGACAAUAUUGCAAUCAAGGUAUAAGACGGAGUUCGUAAUAGCUUGACAUUGUGAAGAUGGUCAGGGACACGCUUGGUAGAGUAUCCGGAACAGCUAUCUACAAAGGAUUUGCUUUAACGUCAAUAUUCACUUCCUUUCAUAAAAUUAGUUCUUGGCAUCCCUGGAGAUGAGCUCUUGUCAAUUAAGAAAAAAGUACUCGUGGAUUUAUGAUGCACAGUUGAAGCUGAAAAUAGCUCUCAGAAAAUGCUCUCAGACAGCAUUGAAGCAAGACCAUUUAUUACUUUGAGCAGAAUUCAUAUCGAUGGGCUCGAUUGAUGUUAACCGAGACCAUAUAUGAACAAAAUUUUCUUAAAUGACAGUUUUGCAUAUUAACCAAGGAUAAGGUAA